AUGAAGGGCCACCUCUCCCAAGAGUGCCUGCGCAUCCUAAACCUGCUAGGCAGGAAAGAGGAAGAACCCAACCUGGGCAGGCAGCCUCUCACAAGAGCGCCUAAUCCACAGGAAAGUGAAACCUCACUGCAGAAGGGUCAAGGCCGCCUCUCCCAAGAGCGCCUAAAACCCCAGUUCAAAACCAUCCUCAAACCGAAUGAGCAACAGAGUCAGAGGCGAUAUACAUUAGGUAAAACUGCACAAGGGUCAAGAAGGAGGACCAAGACGCCGCCCUGCAGAUCUCCUCCACUGAAAUGCCGCAGAACAGUGCCAACGAAGGGGCAACCCCGCGAGUGGAGUGAGCCCUCCACUGGGUGA